UACGCGGUGCAGUCCCGAUUCGCCGACAUUAUCCUUUACUUUAAUGAGGCGGAUUUGAAAAAAGUUCACAGUUUGAAGCAUAUGUGCGUGUCUCCUUACGAGUUUCGAUCGCGGCAGAGUCGAUACGCAUCAUAUUGUCCCGUUUGCUUUUUGGAAAAAAUCUUGACAACUUCCGGUCAAUCAGUGGAUAGUCAAGGAAUGAUACAGUUUAGGGAAUACUUCUAUUGGAUCUGUCCGCAACAUAUGAAUAUUUUUAUUAAAAAUCCAUUGCAGUACGUUUCAUCUGUCAAUGCAACAUCUCUUCUCGACGAACGACCACGUAUACUUAAAGAGACAGUCGAUACGGAGCAUGCUUGCUGGGCGCAACGUCUUCAAGUUAGAGGUUUCUGCCUGGUAACUUACGUCGAUGGUCUACCGGAUCGCAAGUUGACGAAAGGCAAAGCCGAUCUAGGUGUUAUCUUCAAGGAUAAAGUAUACCUCUUCUGUAGUGAAAACUGUCGUGAGAAGUUCCUCGCGCAGCACAACAAAUACUCCGAAGUUGAUGUUGCGUUUUCUCGCGAAAUUCCGCUGAUCAAAAUGCGGCAUCUGUCGAAUGUCGAUUUUUUGGAGCAAACAGUGGCGAGUCGUGUUCCGGUACCCGAUGCGAGGUUCGACUAUCUCUGCGAAUAUUUUAAGCCGGUUAGUAAAGUUCCGGCCUUCUUGCAUGUGAUGGACAUUGCUGGAUUAGUGAAGGGCGCUGCCGAGGGGCAAGGCUUAGGAAACAACUUUCUCUCACAUAUUGGAGCUUGCGACGGCAUAUUUCAUCUUUGUCGUGCCUUUGAGGAUGACGAUGUCACUCAUGUAGAGGGUGAUGUCAAUCCCGUGAGAGAUCUCGAUAUCAUUAGCGAAGAGUUGCGAUUGAAAGACAUCGAAUUCUUGAAUGCACAUCUUGAAAAGCUCGAGAAACUUGUAAUUCGCGGUAAUGAUAAGAAGCUGAAACCUGAAUAUGAAACGCUUUUGAAGGUGAAGGGUGUUCUAGUGGAUGACAAGAAACAUAUCAGGUUUGCUGAUUGGAGUUCCAAUGAUGUCGAGGUGCUCAACAAAUAUUUAUUCCUUACUUCAAAACCAAUUCUGUAUUUGGCGAAUAUGUCAGAAAAAGAUUACUUUCGCAAAAAGAACAAAUGGUUAAUGGAUAUAAAACUAUGGGUUGACAAGAAUGAUCCAGGCGCGGUGUUAAUCCCUUUCAGCGCUGCCUUCGAAAACAAGAGUCUCGAGAUGGACGAGGCGGAAUUCGAAACAUACUUAAAAGGACACAAAGUCACCAGUGCGCUUGACAAAAUUAUUGUACAAGGAUACAAGGCGCUAAAUUUGCAAUAUUUCUUCACGGCCGGACACGAUGAAGUUAAGGCAUGGACAAUCCAAAAAGGUACAAAAGCACCUCAAGCUGCUGGCAAGAUACAUACGGAUUUCGAAAAAGGAUUCAUUAUGGCGGAAGUGAUGAAAUUCGAGGAUUUCAAAAACGAAGGGUCGGAAGCCGCAGUGAAGGCUGCCGGAAAAUACAGACAACAAGGGCGUGCUUAUGUAGUUGAAGAUGGCGAUAUUAUUUUCUUUAAGUUCAAUGCAGGUGCCGGAUUAAAAGACGCGAAAAAGAAGUGAUGGCACGCGUUUCUCAUGUUGUUGCUCGUCCACCUAUACAUCAACAUGAUUCUGUUAUCCUAUUGCAUGCAUCAUCCCCGCGUCAAUUAAUCCAACUUGUUUCCCGAUUCUGCCUGACUUUCUCAUUCAUGUAUACAUGUCAACGCGAUGAUGAUAGUGAUAAUUAUUUUUCUAUUCUAUAGGAGUCAUAUAGAAUUAAUCGCGCUUGUGCUCAUAAUAUAUUCAAAUGAUAUUUUAUUGAAAUAAUAUUCAAUAUUUUUCUUGUUCAAAAUUAUGCGCAUAAAACAAUGCACUCAAUAUCCACGGAUAUUAUGAUCUUUUUAUAACAAAUGGUAAAGAAGAAGAAGGAAAUUGUAUUUUCAUUUUCAUUACUAUGUACAUAAUUAACAGAUUUACCAAGUUGCAUUUUGCACUUUUUAUCUUUGAUGUGAAAAUGCGCGAAUGAGAGAGAAAAGAAAAGGAAUAGGAAGGACAUGUACGUAAAACAUUUUUUUGUACAAUCUUCUGUAUUUAUUCAACAACUAUUAAACUUAUAUAGAUUGACAUAAAAAAAUUAUAACAAUCU